UGGCAGUGCAGGGUUGGGUGGCCGUUUAUAAACAGCCUCCCCGCCCCCUGCUUGUGCGCGUUCCCUGGGACACAGUGGAACACUGAUUGUCGAACGGGACCUCUGUGCGAGGUCCCGAUCAUGUGAUCACUGAUUGACCAAUCAGUGAUCACAUGCAGAGUACUAAUCACAUGACAUGUGCAUGUGAUUAGCUGUGACCAUUCACAGCUAGGCACUAGUAUACAAUGGAUGGCAUCAUGAAUGAAGCCAUCCAUUGUAUACAACUGUCAUGUGACCUGCUGUGAUUGGUCACAGCAGGUCACAUGGUACCAG